AUGCUAGGGCGAUUUCAACUCUUCUCCUUGGCCCAGUGUUUCAGACUUGGAUUUGGAGCCUGCUGCUAUCCAAACCAAAAAUUUCCUGCUCAGACCAUCAGGCCUCCUGACCUCAGGUCCCUAGGCCAAGCAGUUUCCCAGAACUUUAAUUUUGCAAAGGAUGUGCUGGAUCAGUGGUCCCAGCUGGAAAAGGACGGACUCAGGGAGCCUUACCCCGCCCUCUGGGAAGUUAGUGCCAAAGGAGAAGAGGACAAAUGGAGCUCUGAAAGGAUGACUCAACUCUCCAAGAAGACUGCCAGCAUCCUCUCAGAUACCUGUGCCCUUAGCCACGGAGACCGGCUGAUGAUAAUCCUGCCCCCAACACCUGAAGCCUACUGGAUCUGCCUGGCCUGUGUGCACCUUGGAAUCACCUUUCAGGAAUCACCUUUGAGCCCCAAGCUGACUGCCAAGAAAAUUCGCUAUCAAUUACACAUGUCUAAAGCCCAAUGCAUUGUGGCCAAUGAAGCUAUGGCCCCAGUUGUAAACUCUGCCAUGUCCGACUGCCCCACCUUGAAGACCAAGGUCCUAGUGUCAGAUAAGAGCUAUGAUGGGUGGUUGGAUUUCAAGAAGUUGAUUCAAGUUGCCCCUCCAAAGCAGACCUGCGUGAGGACCAAGAGCCAAGAUCUAAUGGCCAUAUUCUUCACCGAAGGGACAACAGGAGCUCCCAAAAUGGCUGAGUAUUCCCAGUAUGGUUUGGGAAUGGGAUUCAGCCAGACUUCCAGACAAUGGAUGGAUCUACAGCUGACAGAUGUUUUGUGGAGUCUGGGUGAUGCCUUUGGUGGAUCUUUAUCUCUGAGCAAUGUCUUGGAAGCUUGGCUCCAAGGAGCCUGUCUGUUUCUGUGUCGCAUGCCAACCUUCUGCCCUGAGACUGUUCUAAAUGUCCUGUCCAGAUUUCCCAUCACCACUCUAUCUGCAAAUCCAGAGAUGUACCACAAACUGCUUCAGCACAAAUGCCUCUCCAGCUACAGAUUCAAGAGUCUGAAGCAUUAUGUGGCUGCAGGAGGAUGCACCAGCCCUGGGGUGAUUAAGGACUGGAAACGCACCACUAAGUUGAACAUCUAUGAAGGCUAUGGGCAGACAGAAACUGGUCUACUCUGUGCCACUUCCAAAAUAAUAAAAUUGAAGCCAGGCUCUCUGGGGAAGCCAUUGCCACCUUAUAUUGUCCAGAUUGUGGAUGAAAACUUAAAUAUCUUGCCCUUAGGGAAUAUUGCAAUACGCAUAAAACAAAACCAACCUGCUUCUCUGUACUGUCCACACAUGGUGAGCUGGGAGGAAUAUGCUUCAGCAAGAGGCCACAUGCUUUACCUCACAGGUGGCAGAGGGAUCAUGGAUGAAGACAGCUACUUCUGGCUGUCUGGUAGAGCUGAUGAUGUUGCCAAUCCAUUGGGUCAGAGGUUGUGAAUGCUGUGGUUAUUGCUAUUGAGCCUGGGGCUGUGGGAAUUUGGAGAAGACUCUGGACUGCU